AUGGGUGUCAGUACGAUGGAAAAGAAAAGUUAUACAAGAGAAGAAAUUGCUCAACGAAUUGUUGAUUACGGUGAUAUACUUGUUAUACAUAGCAAUAAAAUCUAUCGGCUUAAUUCCUGGAUAAAAUAUCAUCCUGGCGGUGAAAUGGUUAUUUUACAUAUGGUCGGACGGGAUGCAACUGAUGAGAUAAAUGCUUAUCAUCCCGAUCAUGUUUUACGUCAUAAAUUACCAUUAUAUUAUUUUGGAGAUGUAAAUAAGGAAGAUUCUGAUACAUAUCAAUCGAUUAUUCCGCCGCUACAAUUUAGCAAUCAUAAAAAGGAUUUGAAUAAUAACCGUGGUUUAACUGCUGAACUUUUAUUAUCUACUGAUAAUGAAAAUACGAUAGAUGCAGCUGACCAAAAAGAUAUUGUUGAAAAAUAUAGGCAACUUUAUUCUAAACUUCGAACCCUAGGUUUGUUUCAAUGUAAUUACUAUGAUUAUGCACGAGAAUGUGUACGAUAUUUGUUUCUUGCAUUUUUUGCUUUUUAUUUUUUUACUACGGCAACAAAAUCAUGGCAUUAUUAUUUAUCUGCAAUAUUUCUUGGUGCCUUUUGGCAUCAAUUGACAUUUACAGCACAUGAUGCUGGUCACCUGGCUAUUACACAUUCGUACCGUAUAGAUACGUUUAUUGGAAUUUCUAUUGCAAAUUUAUUAGGUGGAAUUUCAAUUGGAUGGUGGAAGCACCAUCAUAAUAUUCACCAUCUUGUCACUAAUUCACCUGAACAUGAUCCAGACAUUCAACAUUUACCAUUUUUUGCUGUGACAGCAAAAUUUUUUCAAUCAAUUUAUUCUACUUACUACAAACGUAUCCUAUCAUAUACAUGGGUUUCAGCAUUUGUCAUCCAAUUUCAGCAUUUUACUUAUUAUAUAAUAAUGUGCUUUGCUCGGUUUAAUUUACAAAUUCAAUCUUAUAUUUAUCUUUAUAAGCAUUCAAAUGCGCCAUAUCGUUAUGUAGAAAUCCUAACAAUAUUGAUCUAUUGGUGUUGGUUUAUAGGUUUAUUAUCUUUAAUUCCCACGUAUACAGAGCGAGUUAUCUAUUUGCUACUGUGUUAUAUGGUUACAAUGCCGUUACAUGUUCAAAUAACCUUGUCACAUUUUGGUAUGUCAACAGAAGAUUAUGGACCAAGUGAAUCAUUCGCAGCUAAAAUGCUUCGUACAACCAUGGAUAUUGCAUGUCCAACAUGGCUAGAUUUUUUUCAUGGCGGUUUACAAUAUCAAGCUGUUCACCAUUUAUUUCCGCGUAUGCCAAGACAUAAGUUAAGACAAGCAAGUGAUUUCGUUAAGAGCUAUGCUGAUGAAGUUGGCCUUAAAUAUCAUAUGUAUGGUUUCGUUCAUGGAAAUAUUAAAGUCCUCGGCGCAUUAAAAGAUGUUGCAAUGCAAGUUAAACUCAUGCGAGAUGUUGCAAAAGCAAAUAUUAUGUUUAAUCUUCAUUAA